AUGGUCUGCUGGGACCGUCAUUUUACAAUUGUAUAUGGCUGGGCCACUGCUGGUAUUUUUACAUCGAUGGAUCUUAUGCUGGCCCUGAUGCCAAUCAAGCUGAUUCGGACAUUAAAUCGACCCGUUCGUGAGAAGGUAUUAGUCGGUUGUCUAAUGGCAAUGGGCCUCCUUACUACCGCCAUCUCUGGGGUCAAGAUGACCACAUUCAAGGAUGUGUACUUGGGUGACCCACUACAGAAAGCUGUCCACCUUACCACUUUUGCUAAACUUGAGGAGCUGAUUGGCCUGAUUGCGGCUUGCACGCCUUGUCUGAAGUCAUCAAUUGAGAGAACCCUCCGCCGGUUUGGAAUGCUCUCAUCCGAGCAUCGGACAGUUACGAAGCCCAGCUUUGUAAUAUCCCGUCUGGAUAGUAGUAUCGUACUUUCACCAAUCGUCCAGAAUUCCACAGACACGGUCACGGCGGUCGAGGGGAUUAGCAAGGAUAGCGAUAUCAGUUUGGUUAGUUCUGCAGAGACGGCAUGGACGGGUAGGAAAAACAAGAAUGAGCACCUCAAUUUUUGA